AUGUUCUAUUAGCUGGUGGUGGGAAAGUGAUGCAGUCUCGCCCGGUACUGGUCUGACAGCUUCUGGCCGAAACGUAAAGGUUGAUGGGAAGUGGCAGUGAUGGGCUUUGCUUUACGGCAAACAGUGUUCCACUUGGCGCUACAACUCUAGUAUCCACUUGGCUUCAGAUAAAUGGAUAUUUGGGGACUUUGCACGUUUCCCCACCAUAGUAUUUAUUUGUGACGCAGUGAUUGUAAUGUUUCUCUGAAGAGACAUGGCUACAUCUCAACUUGGAAAAUCUGUCUUCUACGAUCUGUUUAGCACCCACUGCACUCACUCAGAUUUAGGGCCUAUCAGUCUGAACUGGUUUGAAGAGCUCACUGCUGAAGCCUCGCCUUACGAGUCAAGAACUUGUGGAAAUAAUGAGUGCAGUUUUGAUGAUCUCCAUGAAAAUACCAUCAAGACUCCUAAACAGAAGACGUCAAUUUAUAGCCAAUUAGAUUCCACUCCAGUCAUUUUUAAGGAGCGUUUGCUGUCACCUGUUUUCACCUCUACAUACACUGAGCUGGAUACAAGGCAGAAUGCAACAGAUAAUGAAAACAUUGGCAGACUUGAGAAAAGUAACUGUACCCAAAUAAAGCAUCAAACAAGUGAUGUUUUCAGUCCUUCAAGCAGAUGCCUCAACGAAAGUCCUGCUGUUAUCAAAGAGAUGUUUAAGACACCGUUACGGAAUAAACGACUACAUAGAACACCACAAAGUGACUGGAAACCUAACAUUUGCAGCAGUCUGUUUUGUACGCCAAAGCUUAUGAAGAACCAAACUAGAGGUAUUACUGAAAGCCUAGGUGUAGAAGUGGAUCCAGAGAUGUCAUGGUCUAGUUCACUGGCUACACCACCUUCUCCAACUGUGAUAAUUGCGCAAGCUAAUGAUCAGCCAAAGGCCAACAAAAAUACUGCAAUUGUACAGAGCCUUUUCACUAAAUUUGAAAAUGAGGAAGAGAAUCAUUUGCCUCCAUUACUAUCUGAGGUGGGCACAAAGCAUGAAGAGCAUCAAAUAUGUGCAGCGCUUCAAGAAAAGUCAGGUACACAUAGUGAAAGCACUGGUGUUACAGAAGCUUCUGCCAUUUCCUCAAGGGCGGGGUGGAAGAAAACUGUAGCAAAUGCUGUGCAGGAUGAGGAGGUUUCCAGAACUGUUGAAAAUGCCCUGGAAGGAAUGGAAGAUGUCCUCUCAUUUUUUUUUGCAAGUGAUAAGACUCCUGUUCUACGAAAGGUGAAAAGUGCUAACCGAGCUAGGAGAAAAGUGGAGUCUGCUAAGUCUCAGUGUCAAGACUUAUCAUUUAAAGCAGAAGAAGAAAGAAGUAUUUUGGUCCAUUUAGAUGAGCAUCAUGACACUGAUAUUGAGAUGCUUAAGGAACUUGAACAAGACAAGAACGUUAACGAAAAAUCAUUAUCGAAAGAAACACUAACAUAUGAAUGGUCACAACUAAAUCUAUGCGAGCUAGAUAUAACUCAACCAGAGGAUAGUACCUUGCAUGCUGCAAAUGUACGUUGUGACGGUAUCACUGUCAACAAAAGAGAUACUUGCAAUAAUUCUCAUGCAGAAAAGCCGCAGGAUGUUGGUGAGCCAAGCACUAGCAAUGUGCUUACUCAUAAAUUCAGCACUUGUAUUGGAAAAGAAAGCACUUUAAACGUGGAAUGUAUUAAUGCUAAUUUGAAUAACAUAGCUUCAUCUUCACCUAAACCCAUGAACUCUCUGAAGCAGUCUUGUACAUCUCAGCAUAAUCUUUCUCAGAGUGAAGAAAACGAUUUUUCGGACAUUUCUAACAGUGGCGUUGGUAGUAUACCGAAACUAACAACCCACCAAACGAAAAAGCCAGCAACUGCAGAAUUAAGUUCAGUGGAUGUCUGUUCUAAGAAGCUACAGGAAAGAGUUACUAUUAAUACUUCAUUUUCAACUCUGAAAAAACAGUCAAAGUUUAUGUAUAGUAUAAACACUGCAGUAACUGGUCCUCUUGAAAGAAAUACUAGCACAGCCACCAGGAGAUCAUUUUACAGUCAUUCAAGUUCUUCGGAAGGACCAAAACCUCACAUUAAGGAAGAUCAGAAUGAACCAGAAUCAAACUCUGAAUAUUGUUCCCAAAAACCAGUAUUUCUGGAAAAGGAUAACAGUAAUAUGGGUAGUUCUUUUAUGGUGGUAUGUAAAAGUGGAAAUAUCUCACACCAUCGAAAUAUGGAUAAUAAUUCAGAAGACGUGAGGGCUUCAGAGGCACAUGUUUUUGAAUCAAAAGAUGAGUGCAAAACUUCAUUAAACAUCAGAAAAAAAGUGGAGGCUACAGCUCAUCAUUUUGCUAGAAGACAGCCUGAAGUUGAGUCUUCUAGUGAUUUCCUUUUAACCGAUUGUAAAGAGGAUGCCUCCGUAGAGCAUGAGAGUCACCAGUUUUAUGGCCAUGCUAAGCAAGAAGUGUCCUGUUCAAGGUUAAAUUCCAAUUUGUCCAGUGACAUGCAAAUAAAGACUGAAGUGAAGGCAUUUGAUGUAAUGAGCAGCACUGAUAAUCACGCUGCAAAACCAAAUAACCAAUUAAGGCAGAAUGUAGAUGUAUCAACUGGCUUAACGGGAAACCCAUGUAGUGGUGAAAAUGUAAAAGGUAGCUGCUGGGAUAAGGGCUCAUUUCUUCAUGUAAAGCAAGAAAAAAAUGCUUCUCAUGGAUUUGCAUCUUCAGAAACCAAAGACACAGCUGACUUCACUAGCGAUCAUCUGAGCCAUGUUAUUUCUGAGAAAUCUCUGUGUGAGCAACAAAUUACACUGACCAAAUUACCAGACCUUGGAAUUCUGAGUGAAACUUUUGGGGGCUUUAAAACAGCAUCCAAUAAAAAAAUACAUAUUUCAGAUACAAAUAUUAUAAAAGGGCGUGAUUUGUUUAAAGAAAUUGAGCUUGUCACUGGUGACCCGAACACCAGCAAUGAAGAAAACAAAGAGUCAUCAAAGAAAACACCCUUUAAUAUUCCUGCUUGUGAAAGACAAUAUAAAGGAUUCAAAACUGCAGCCAAUAAAGAAAUACAUGUUUCAGAAAGUACAUUUGCUAAUGGCAGACUUCUGUUUAAAGACAUUGAAGAGGAAAGCAGUGAAACUGCAGCUGUAAAGACAAAUGAUGAUGAACUGUUUAUAAAGCCUGUGUCCAGCACUAAGCCAGAAAUUAUUCCACCAAAAAAAGGACACAUGCAGCAGAGUACAGGUUCUAAAUAUUCCACUGAAAAUGACCUUUUAGGUUUAGAGUAUCAAUCUGCAAAUGGAAAUGUAAUAACCCAUGGCUAUUUUAAUAUGUCUGCUGCUGAGAAGAGCUUCAAAGGAUUCAAAACUGCUUCCAAUAAAGACAUAGUCGUUUCAGAAAGCACGUUUGCAAAAGGUAAACUUCUUUUUGAAGAUAUUGAAGGUAUAAGCAGUGAAACAGGUAGAACCAUAGACUGUAAGGCAAAAAGUAUUGAGUUGUCCACCAGUAACCUUGGAAUGCAUCAAUUAAUGUGUAAAAAGGAACCAAGUACAUCUGAGAACACAGAUUGUAAAGCACCAAAGAUAGCAAAAGUGCAAACAGAUUUAUCAGAAAAUUAUCAUAAUAUGGAUUUAAAAGAGUCUGCAAACUCUGAAAUGGAAGCUGGCCGUGCAGAAAAUAACCAAAUGACACGGAAAGCUUCCGCAUUUAGCCCACAUGCUGCCUCUUCUGCACUGCCCAAGGACAAAAGGAAACCAAACUCUACCACUAAAACAUCAUCUCACUUGAAUGAACAAUUGACUGAAAGCCAACAAGCUGAAAUCUCGGAACUUUCCUCUAUUUUAGAAAAUGCAGACAGUCAGUUUGAUUUUACUCAGUUUAAGAAAGGGAUUUCUGUGGCAAUGAAUGGCGAGAAACAAAAUUCACAUGAAUGUGGCAUCGAUUCCCAGAACCUCAAUAAUUCUGAUGUCUGGAAGGAUGUGGAUUUAAAUGAUAGUUUUGCAGCGGGGAGAGACCAUCUUGAGGAAACGAAGACAAGUGUCCCAGAUUGCAGUCCUGGGGUAAAAGAACUACCUUCUGCAGUAGAAUAUUGCAGUAAAGAAACAAAUGCUUCUAAGCCAGAUGUUGAGAGCUUGGCACAAAAUUCCUUGGUUGAACAUGAAAGACCCUUUACACGUUUUAAUCUUGCUAGUGGAAAGCCAGUUAAUAUAGACAGUGAUGUGCUGGCAAAAGCGGUCGAACUGUUCAGUGACAUAGAUGAUGCUAGAGAAUUGCUCAGUCAUCCUAAAGAAGAAUGCAGUAAAAGUAGUAUCAAGCACUUUUCUAAAGUAGUAAACAAUCUAAAUUGUGAAAAGACAGAACACACAUCUGAGAAUUUGGUUUGCUGCACUAAUAUUUCAUUGCCAUCUACAAAAACAUUGGUCAAGGACGCUACAGUAAAAGUGUCAGGUAAGGAAAAAAGCCAAAAUCAAGAUUAUUUAAAAUGUGAAAGUACUGAUGUGACAAAUUCACCACCCAAGGAACAACUAAAUGAACAAUCUAAGUGCUAUGAAUCCACUGUUUCCGAGUUUUCCAAGAAAGGUUUUCAGACUGCCAGAGGGAAAAACAUCAUGCUGUCUGAGUCUUCCAUCCAGAAAGCCAGACACAUUUUUGCAGAGGAAUAUCAAGACAAUUUUACGUUGCAUUGUAAUAUAGAAAAGACAACACAAAUAACACAGUGUGUAAAGGAACGGACACAGUUCUCAAAUGUAAAUUUGGAGCCAAAACACGCGGCAUCAGAGAAAAAUAUUCCAAUCGAAAGUACAGGGAAAGAUUUCAUGCUGGGUUUUUGCACAGCCGGUGGGAAAAAAGUUUCUGUUUCGGACGAUUCUUUAGCUAAAGCACGUAAACUGUUUCAAGAGGAAUGUACCUUUAGCAAGGAAGGAAAAUUGGAUGAGGUGAUAGAAAACAAAUUAUUGAACUGUGAGCCAUUUCCUCUUCUCACUUGUGAGCCUGGCCUGAAACAGAGAGGCGAAUGCUUUGAAGAGAUUUCAGCUUCUAGAAAUCUCGCGGCAAUCAAGCCAGAGCUUUAUACUGAAGGCGUGAGAAAAAGGGGUUCUAAUGGAAGAGUAAACAGUAGUGACCUUGCAGCUGGAGAAGGCAUGCCAAUCAAUAUUGGCCAAGCAUCACUUCUAGCGGGCAAUGUUUUGAAGAAUUUGUCAUCUCAAAAUGUACUUAAACAUGGCCAUGAUGUUCAUCUACUAACUGAGCACCUAUGCGCAGGUGUUAAAGUCAAUAAAAGCAAUGACUCGGGUCACUUUGUAAAUCAAAAUUUAGAUGAAAGUAAUGAUAACCAAUCCCUUUGCUCUCCAACCAAUACUGUAAAUAUAAACAAGGACUGUACAUCACUGGCACCUCUCUCUUUUAGCACAGCCAGUGGGAAAUCUGUAACCGUGUCUCACGAUUCUCUCCAAAAAGCAAGACUGAUGCUUUCUGAAACAGCUAAUGAUGUUAUAGAAGAUAUUAAUAAGCAAGCAGUGGCUUAUAUUACACCAGGUAUUAAAAAAACAGAAGCAGAAAAAGAGCAAAAUAAUGUUCAUAAUUCUAUCGGACAGUCUAGGAAACUUCAUUCUCAUUCAUUUUGUACUGCAAGUGGUAAAAAGGUCAACAUAAGUGAAAAUUCCCUAAAACAGGUCAAAGCCACCUGCCUUUCCACUGACCCUAAAGAAACGUCCACAGCUCUGUUUAAAGCUGAAAAAAGUAUUCUCAAUGAAGGUGCUAAAGAUGUAUCUACACUUCAGAAUGAUGUUGCCGUACCAAAGGCUGUUUCGUUUAGUACGGCAAGCGGUAAGACUGUGCAGUUGUCAGAUGAGUCUUUGAAGAGAGCUAGGGCGUUUUUUUCGGAGAUAGAUAAUAGUCAGUUGCUCCAACAGCUGAAUAAUGAAAGCCCCUUCGAUGAGAGAUCCAUAGGAGUUGAAAUGAAAAAAUCAAUACAGACCCCAUUAACAACAGAGAAAGCAGAAACAACUGAAAGUAUAAAGGUUAAGGUUAAUAAUGGUUCUUUUGGAUUUAAUACCACGAGCGGAAAGCAGGUCUCCGUGUCUGAAAGUGCACUGAAGAAAGUCAAGGAUAUCUUUCAAGAAUGCGAUGAUUCUGUAAAUUACGAACAAAAUAAACCGCUCGUGAGAAUGACGAUGUCCUCGAAAAUGAAAGAAUCCGCUCCAGGACUGAAAAGGCCAGCUCAGAUUCCAGUAUCCUCUUAUCAAAGUGAUAACGUGCAGAGUAAAGAAGGAAAUGUUUCUACUUUUCAGGAUGGCUAUGCUAACAAGAAGUCACUAAAUACAUAUUCAGAAGAAGCCAGAAGACCCGCUAUAACAACUGUCCCUAGACAACAUUUAACACCCACUCAUAUUUCUAAAAUUUCCACCAGCACAUCAGCAUUCCCUAAUAAAUCAAAACCAGAUUUGUAUGUCACAACAUCCCACAACACCCCACAAAAUGAUUUUGAAAUAGAAGCAGCAGAAAGUGCAAGAGCUUUUUUGGAAGAUGAUGAUUUGACGGAUAUGGGAUCAGCUGCUGAUGAGACAUACUUGUGUGCAAACCAGACCUCAAAUACAAGAACUGGAAAAAGAUCAAGAACAGAAGGGCCAGCUUAUGGAGAGCCUCCAAUCAAAAGACAGCUUUUACCAGAAUUUGAUCGCACAACAGACACUCUGCAACAAAAAGUGAUUUUAAAGCCUUUGAUCAGCACUCCAGACAUGUUGCGAGACAGGCGAAAGUUUUCAUAUAGCCUUCCCUUGAAGCCAUCAACUUGUAACCCUGAAAGUGCUGUGCUUCGAGACCCUGGCAUUCCUUCACAAGCCCAGCUCCAUCCCAAAUCCAAAAUCUUCCACCAGUCUUUAUCCAUCAAGUCACCAGAUGUUUUAUCUGCUCCUACUCCUAAGUCUUAUAGUCCUGCUGCUGCAAGAAGGGAGAGCGUGCAUUGCUUGUCUGCAUCUAAAAUACCUGCAAAGACAUUUGUGCCUCCAUUUAAAAAGAGAGUGGCUACCUGGGCAGACAACCAGUCAAGCGAUAUACAAAAUGACCCUUCCCAUGGGCUUAUUGAAAACAUGGCUGAAGAUUUCUCAAAAGAAGACAAAGUUGAAACCAUUUGUACUUUACAAGAUCGAUUUGAUGACUCAGAUAUUUUACAAAUGACUUCAAAUCUUCGCUGUAGCAAAGACCUGCAAGAAAUGAGAAUACGGAAAAAACAAAGGCAGAAGAUUAAAGCACAGCCAGGUUCACUUUAUUGUAUGAAAAUGUCUCCUGUGAAGAGAAUUUCCCUUGAAUCUGCAGUGGAAGGAAGGGGUCCCAUUUUGUAUUCAAGGGAACAGUUAUACAAAUAUGGCGUCGUGAAGAACCAUAUUGGAGUCAGCAGUGAGAAGGCAUCAUCCUUUCAGUUCCACUGUUCAUAUUAUUUCACAAAAGAACUCCUUCUUUCUGGAAAUGGUGUGCAGUUAGCAGAUGGAGGUUGGCUUAUUCCUACUGAUCAAGGCAAAGCAGGCAAAGGGGAAAUAUACAGAGCAUUCUGUGACACUCCUGGUGUGGAUCCAAAACUGAUUUCUGCUGAAUGGGUUUAUAAUCACUACCGCUGGAUUGUAUGGAAACUUGCUGCAAUGGAGGUCAUGUUUCCAAAGAAAUUUGCCGGCAGAUGCCUUACACCAGAACGUGUUCUUUUACAGUUAAAGUACAGAUACGAUGUGGAAAUUGAUAAAAGUCAGAGAUCCGCCAUCAAAAAGAUAAUGGAGAGAGACGACUCCCCGGCUAAAACACUUGUGCUGUGCAUUGCCAGAAUCAUUUCCCAAGGCGUGCGCCUACCCAAUGUAUGUACUAAUAAAAACGAACCCACUGACUGUAAGGAAAGUUCUGCAGUAAUCGAGGCAACAGAUGGUUGGUACGGUAUCAAUGUUCUGCUGGAUCCGUCUCUCACUGCUCUCCUACACAAAGGACGGCUUUUUAUUGGCCAGAAGUUAAUUAUUCAUGGAGCUGAACUUGUUGGCUCAGAUGAUGCCUGCACUCCCCUUGAGGCACCUGAAUCUCUUAUGUUGAAGAUUGCAGCUAACAGCACUAGGCCUGCACGAUGGCAAACCAAACUUGGAUAUUUCCGGGAUCCCAGACCAUUCUGUCUCCAUUUAUCAUCACUGUUGAGCGAAGGAGGUGUGGUGGGGUGUGUUGACGUAGUAAUACAAAGAAUUUAUCCCAUGCAGUGGAUGGAAAAAAUGGCAAGUGGACUGUAUGUGUUUCGCAGUGAUCGAGCAGAAGAAAGAGAAGCAGAAAAGCAUUCCGCAAACCAACAAAAAAAGCUUGAAAUGCUCUUUUCAAAAAUACAAGCUGAAUUUGAACAGCGGGAAGAAUGCAACAGAAAAAAAGGACUCAGAAGGCGGUCGUUAAAUGCACAACAGAUGCAGACUCUUCAAGAUGGUGCCGAAAUCUACGAAGCCAUUCAGAACGAAGCUGAUCCUGGUUAUCUGGAGUCGUGCUUGAAUGCCGAACAGCUGAAAGCCCUCAAUCACCACAGGCAACUUGUAAAUGAUAAGAAGCAAGCGCUGAUCCAGGCUGAGUUCAGAAAAGCCAUUGAAUGCAGUGAGCAGGACGCAAACGGCUGCACGCGGAGGGACGUGACUCCAGUAUGGAAAUUACGUAUUGCAGAUUACAGAGAUCAAGAGGCAGAUGCAACAUACAUACUGAACAUUUGGCGUCCGUUACCGGAUGUGUUUUCCCUGCUGAAAGAAGGUUGUCGUUAUAAAAUGUAUCAUUUGUCGGCAUCCGCAUCAAAGGGGAAAUCAUUAGCGGCAGAUUUGCAGUUAACGGCUACAAAGAAAACUCGCUUCCAGCAACUUCAGCCAUCAGAGAGUGUUUUGGGGCAGAUUUACAGCCCAAGAGAAGCAACUGAAUUCAGCAGGUUCCAGGAGCCUUUGUUCAGCGCCCCAUAUGCAGAAGUUGAUCUGGUGGGAUUAGUCAUCUCCGUAAACAAAAAAACAGGGGCAGCUCCAGUGGUUUAUAUAUCCGAUGAAACUCAGAAUUUUGUGGCACUAAAAUUCUGGACAGAUUUAGGACAGCUUGGACUUGAGGAGAUGACCAAGCCACGCACAUUUAUCUCUGCCAAUAAUCUUCGCUGGAGAUCAGACUGUAUCAUGGGGAUUCCUACGAUGUAUGUUGGAGACUUAGCCAAUAUUUCUUCAAAUCCCAAAGAAAUCCACCUACAAAGGGCAAUUCAGAAACUGAAACUUUCUAUACAGAAUGUCCAAGACUUUUGGAAUUCAUCACAAACGACACUGAUGAAAGCCUUGCAGAUAAAUAACGCAGGAACAACUGGGUGCAGUAAGAACCCUAGUACACCUACAUGGAAGUCUGAGGUUUCUGCUGGAAGUAGUUACUUGACUCCCUUACACCAUAGCAGUAAAAGGUUAUUAAGUUCUGUUGAUGCAUCAGACCUUCAGACAGAAAAUCCUCUAUGCAGUAAAGAAAUAGAACUAAAAACCUGCAAAAAGAGGAAAGCACUGGACUUUCUCAGUCGAAUUCCUUCGCCUCCACCUGUAACACCAGUGCGACCCCUUGUAUCUCCAUCUUUGCAGAAGGCAUUUCGACCCCCGCGGAGCUGUAGCAUUCACAGGUUGGGCCCAGAAACAAAGCAUAGUACUGAGAAUGUUCAGAGAACAACAGCCAAAAGCACUAAAGACCCCGCCAAAUUAGAGGGUGAAUUUGUAGCUGAUGAGGAACUCGCCAUGAUCAAUACCCAAGCGUUGCUUUUAGGUCUGGAGGAACAAAAAAAAGAGAAACCAGCAGAAUGGCAGUGAUUGUCUCCUGAUGAAGAACCAUAGAGAAGUCACAGGAGAGAGCACAGAGGUCAUGCAAAGCCUGAGAUACAGUAAAUAAAUGACUGUGCCGUAUCUGCUGCCUGGGAGAAGAUGAUGUCAGUAGAGAUGUUCUUGCAUGUGCCGCUGUUUCGGGAAGGAAUUCAACUGGGACUUAAUCGACUUUUCCUUUAACGUCCCAUAAGAUACUGUAAGUGACAGCCUCACUGUACGGACGUGGAAUCACUUUGCACAGGGGAUGAUGAUGAUGGCGGCUCUGAUUUUCUGCAGUCACAAUGACUCAGGAAUGUUUUGAAGCUGAGGCUGCGAGACAGACACUGAACUUAUUGCAACAGCAACCAGAGCCCACGACUACAUCUAGUCUCUCUACGAAAGGGAAGCUGCAUUCCCUGUUCAGUCUAAAAUUAAAGUCCCACUAGAUGCUUGAACCCCCUUCAGUAAAUGAAUUAGUGGCUUUCCUUUAAA